UUCCGUGGAUGGACUUUGGAAGCAUUGGUGCCACAGCGAUGCCAGAAGUUAACACUGCCAGUUGGGCAGUGAAAAGGCCAAGUGUUUACACACCACGAACUGCCAGCAUUGGAGUGGGUACAGAAACAGAACCCAACAGAGAAUGGAGCUGGGAGAAUAAGCAUUGGAGUUUUUCCCCUCCACCCUGUGGCUCUUCAACUGAAGGAUGUAAGCCAUCAGAAAUUGAAACUGAUGAAACGGUGCUGAAGCGGAGACAAAAGCAGAUAGAUUAUGGAAAAAACACUCCUGCUUAUCCAAGAUAUCUGCAGGAAGUUCCAAAGCAAGUAUUAGUGCCAGGAAUACACCCACAGACUCCUAAUAAGUAUAAGAAAUACAGCCGGCGCUCCUGGGACAAGCAGAUCAGGCUAUGGAGGAAGGCUCUUCAUGCUUGGGACCCACCAGCCGAGCAGGGGGACAGCCUGAAGUCAGUACCUGGCAUGAGUAUAUGGACUCCUCUUCAUAGCACAAACAUGGUUACGAGCCCAUUAGAAGAAUGGUUUGGUCCUCUGGGCUAUGCAAGCAUGAGUACAAGAAACUCCUUGCCGUCGAUGCCAGAUGAUCAAGGUUCCUUUCAAUCUUAUCCUUUUGGCUACCCCCAGAAUGACUUCUCCCAAAAGGGAGAAGAUCCCUUUGAACUGCUGAGGUGUUUAAGGAAAGGCCGUGGUAAUGACUGGACACCGUGGUAAAGAUCAUUCACCACUUUCCUGAGAGAACGGACUUCAGUCC